GCAGCCCGCGCGCCGACGCACGCGCACCUCUCCACUCCUGCGCAGCUCCGCCAGACGAUGCAUUUUUAUGGAGAAAAUGUGAUUCAGUCAACGUUCGGUUGUUAGAAUUAUUUUGUUCUUGUGACUGUUUUGAAACUGUGUUUGGAAUUGUGAAUUUUGUGGCGUUUUUAAGAAGAUGGCGCCGUCAGUGCUAGCGCUCAUAUUGCUGCUAGCCGCGAGCUCCGCCCGCGAGCAGAGCCGCUGGUCGCGCCAGAUCAGCACGUACACCGCCGACAUCAGCGACUGGGUGCCGCUGUCCGCGCCCGUUGAACAGCCUUCAGUCGAGGUCAAGCGACAGGCCGUGGCCGAGCCGCGUAUCCUCGCCGAGCCCUUCCCGGGCUUCGCGCGCCCCGCCGCCUUCAACCAGGACUUCAGGAACCAACCCCUCUAUCAAAACCGCCCACUGUACCUGCAGUCCGUCCCGUCGGUCCCGUCUGCCCCGCAGAACUUCUUGACAGACCAAGGCUUCGGCCAGAGCAUACGCUUCGGUCUCUCCCAGCCCAAUUUCCCGCUGAACCAAGGCUUCGUCUCGCCGCAGUUCAACUACGACACCGUGCCGCAGAUCAAGCCCAGGCCGACCGUCCCGGCCAAUCCCGUUAAGUUCGAAAGUUUUCCGAAGCCGCUACCUUCGCCGCAAGCGAAACCUUUCCACAAUCAGGCGCCGAAGAAGCUCCCACUCCCGCAAGGACCGAAAUUCGUUGACGGUUACCAGCUAGAGAACGCGAGCAAUGAGUUCGUUUUUAAUCAGAAAAAGCCACAGUCACUCCAGAAGCUCAAGUUUGAAGGGUCCAAGACAGAAACUGUAAUCCCUAACAAAUCUAAGUUGGAAAGAGAAGAAGUACAGUUACUUUAUGUCCCAGUAGAGUCUCUUAAACAAGGCCAAUUCAACUUCCGCAAUCCGCAAAUUCAAUACUCUACGCAAGGUCUUCCGAAACAAAACCCUAUCAAGCAGCCGUUCGUUAACGACUUCCAAAGACCCGCGAAACCAGCAGAACACGUUAACUUUGGACAAGAAUACUUUAAUUUCAAACCUAAACUACAGGAAUUCGACCAGGUCCCGAAGUUUUCGACUAUUUCCACACCAUUUCCGACCGCACCCCCUACCACCCCUCGACCAAAGAAGUUAAAACCGCACCAGCCUCCGCUGGCUGUGUUCUUGUCGCAAGAAGCUAAGAAAGGAGCUCAAGUAAAGGUCGGCGACGUUCUUUCUUCUCUGAAGAAUGCUAACACAAUUGCCGUCUUGGACGCAGUCAACCCAUUAAAUGCACCCAAAGUUUUUAUUGGCCCGUCAACCCUGACGCCUCCGGAAAACUUUGUCAAAUUCGAAUUACCUUACUUGUCGAAUAUCGAGAACAGUGCUAACAAAUUGAGACAGCUACCGUUCUUUGUCGCCCCGCUGAGCUACCUCACGCCAGAUGGUUUUGCCAAGAUUCCUUUCCCCUCUCCUCAUGUUGGAUCAGUGGUGAUCAACUCUCAGAUCAAGGACACUUCGCCUGCUACUUCGACGACUCCAGAGGCUGAUGUUAUUCCUAACUCUUACGUGGCUUCUCCUCCUUCUCAAAAACAGGAACAAAGUCCGGUAACUCAAAGACCCAACUUCAGUUAUUAUAGCACGGUAGCACCGAAGACCAACGCUCCUACUCGUCAAUCUGAAUACUAUUCGUUCGAACCGCAAACUGUCACUUCUAUUAGGCCUUCAAAUGAACCAGCCGAUAGCAUCAUUACUGCUCCACCGAAAACUGGCUCAUAUUUCAUGAAUGAUGCAGGCCAACAGUUCAAUCGUAAUCAAUACGUGGAAUACUCACAAGAAAACUACAGCCAAGAGCAAGUCAGGCCGAAUAUUAGACAACCGGAGCCGGUCACUCCAACCACGACCCGUCCUCCCAAGACCACGAGCAGACCAUCUUCUACGUACUCCAGCCAGCUGCUGGAGACGCAUAACCCAUACUCCAUCAACCAGGCUUUCCACUUCAGCACUCCCUUGGAUUACAACCACUACAUCGAUGAGAAGGAUAACUACUCGACACAGCCGCAGCAGCAAAUCAAGCCUCUGCCGUCGUCAUCGGCGUCACCCGCACCCUCCACCCCGAGCACCACACUCAAACCUGAAGUCGUUACUGAGAAACAGUCAUACCAACAAACCCAGCCAAAUUACGCUCAGCAAAACUACUCGCCAGAGAUUCACUAUGAAUCCGAUAUUCAAAGCUCUAGAUUCCCCGCUUAUAAUUCUAAUGAAUUCACAACUAAGACUGAGUACAACCGACCGGAGACCGUGAACACGAAUAGCUUGCCGACUGUCAACAGCCCGCCCACAGAGACAGACAAUAGAUACGUCGAAACCCAAGCUCCUGCAAAGGAUAACUUCGCUGCAGUUAAUGAAAUACCGGCAACGGCCGCCGAUGCUGGCGUGCAGCCCACCAAUCCGUCAUACAACCAAUACUACACUAGCUUCGUCAGUAACGAGAGCCAAGAGGGUUCAACGACCACAACAUCCACCACCACUACGACUACAACCAGGAGGCCUCCUAUCAGAACACGUGGACGGCCCCGAUACACCACUACCCCAAGAACCAACUCGAACGAAUCUAGCACAAAAUAUACUGCUACACGUAGACCCCUGCGCGAGAGGAGGCCUCUGCCAACCAGAUCUAGAUAUGAACCUAACAAGAUCACUACUGAGAAACCUACAAGAAAGUCGGUCGAUUCCAAUGAAAGUUCAACGAAAUCUUCCCCUUACUCCAGCAGAACCAGAACACGAGGACGCGUUCAGUUUAAGCCCUCGGAUAGUGACGAAGGACAAUACAACAAAAACAGAGCCAGCAGCAAAGAGGAAGACUUGGCCUACCAGAGAGAUGUUCUUCACCAAAACUAUCCAGUUACUCUAAUGGAAAGAGCGAGCACUGCAGACGUUGAAGCCAUCACUGAGCCGGCACCUAAAUACCAAUCCACCAAGAACAUUGAAUCGUCGGUUACUUAUGAUACCGAAAAUGCCUACACUUACGAAAGAGCAUCUGUGAGCCAACCUAACACUAACUCCGCGUCGAACGAGCACACCUUCCCAUCGCGAUCCGAGGUCCGCACGGAGACGCCGUACGUGCCGCACGUGCCUUCCACUCGGGAGGAGUACGUCUAUCACUCGAGGAGCAGCUCCGCCCCAGUCGACGCUAUUUCAUAUGAUGAGUCUUCACCGGACAAUGAAGACAUUUAUGCAAAACAAACUACUCCAAUCCAAAAAGACGCGAGUGUCGAAGUAUCUUACGCUACCGAAGCUGUCAGCCCUGUAACCGAGCAGGCUAGCUAUUCAGUUACUAUCAGACAAGACACAGCUAUUCCAGAAAAUGAGGAUGCUAAGUUCUUGAGCGAAGAGGCUAACCAUGAAGAAGAAGUACAAACGACACCUUCGUACAACAGAGUGCGCGUGCGACCCGGUCUCAUCAAACAGUAUCACCAAUCUUCCACUGAAGCGACGAAGACAAAGGAGAGGAAACAUCCAGUACAAGCGAUCACUUACAGACCCGCGUUCGACAGACGCCGCACCACCAUGCGUAUCGAGGAGAUUGGUGAGGAUCUAAAGACCAAACAAGUCUUCGCCCGCCCUGAAGUUCAAGAGCACAGACAUCCCGUGUACAAACCAGAACCCACGACCGAACCGCCCGUCACGACCGCCUCGCAGGAGACUUCCACCAAGCGCGGCCAGUUCCGUCGCCGGCGACCCUCCUACACCACCACCUCCACCGAAGCGUCCAGCUCUAAGAAGAGCACUUACGAAGUAAAGAACAGGUUCAGAGGACGACGACCGACCACUGAAAAACCGACGGAGAAAACUGAAUCCCAAACCGAAGCGUCUACAACGACUGUUAGAAAUACUCUUCACAGCAGAUACAGCAACCGACCGCGGCUGUCGGAAAGAUACAAUAAGAAACAGGAAACUGAAGAUCAAGAUCAGGAGCCCAACUACUCCAUCAACAGGCCAAAAUUCGCGGAACCCGAUACAGUCGAAUGGUCAGCAGAUUCUUUCAAACCUUACAACCCUAAUGACAUCAUCGAUGACAGGAAAGACUCCACAGCCGGAUUGCGAAGCGAUGUCGAUGGCGAACUGGACAUCAUAACAGCUAGAAACGAGUACGAUGAUAUUCUAAUUUCUGUAACACCAGCGACUAACAGGCUGAACAAGAAGAUACCCGAUAUUCCUCCUACUCUGGAGGCCUUGGUUGAACAAAGCAAAGUGACCAAGAGCGACUCACCUGACGCAAUGUCCACAUUCGAGAGCAUGUUAGAGGAAGUGAUGAAGAGUUUAGAAGAGCAGGACGAGGAUGAGUACUCGAGUAACGUGAUGAAACACAAGGGCGGGGAGAUCGGGGAGAUCCCGCCGGAGAGGAUCAUCUCGUCGGGAGACAACGCGAAGCCGAGCACGCUGGAGGAGACCACGGCCAUCGAGCCCACUGGAGAGUCUAGCAUUCUUAGUGAGGAGGACAAUGACCGCAAGAGCCGCCGGCGCGGGUUCUGGAAGAAGGUGGCGGUGCGCCCCGCCACCACCGAGACCAUCGAGGCCGCCGAGUCCCAGCACUACGCGCACGCCGUCAACCGCCUCGCACCGCCCACCGGCAAGACCGCCCACGACAAAGACACGCCCGCCAAGAUCACCACCUACAAACCCACCUUCAACAUCAAAGACAUCUUCACAGACGACUCCAUAGACGAACUCCCCACUGUAGACAUCCCAAAAAUUAAUGCACCAGAAACAACACCUCUAGCGACCACAGAAAACAUCCUACAAAAAGAAACUCCAACAGAAAUGUCCCCAGGCGACUUAGAUCUCGGAACCGGAUCCCCGGACCCGACGGUCGCUGACCCCACGACUACUGAAACCUCGACCGAAACCAACAUCGACAGGAACGACGGCUUCAGUUUCAUGGACUAUUUGUUCGGAGCCACCGCUGAUGACAAUGACGACAAGAAAGUCACUAAAGCGACGGAGAUUGAAGAAACUACAGAGCCAGCCAAAAUUAGGAUAACUACGACGGAAAACAAUGUCAUACCCGAAGAGAUCACCGCUGUCGCAGACAGCGAUGACACUGCUGUUACAGUCACAGAAUUUACAGAAAUCAAAAAGACAAACGUUACCGAACCGGUGACGGAAGCACAGAAGGUAGCGACGGAGCCACAGAGGGUAGUGACGGAGCCACAGAGGGUAGUGACAGAGCCGGCGCCAGAGUCCUCGUCCGUGUCGGGCUUCAUGGACCCGGCGGCCGUCGUCAGCACCUCCAUGUCCACCGAGGUCUCCCACGAGACCGAGAUCUGCUUCAGGGGGAAAUGCAUAAAGACCAACAAAGACCUCUUAUAAACCAGAAUAAGAUUAGAUGUGGUGCUAAAGACUGUGUUCAAAAUAUAGUGGAAUAUCAAUUAGUGAAUUGC